UAACAUGUGAGCAUUACUAGGCAUUUCAUCCUGCGGUUCUGCAGUCUUUGCUAUUCAGACUGUUGCUCAGUUGGAAUGCUUCUCAGGGGCCGAUCCUGAGCUUCUAUAGAUAUUUUUUAAGGACCUACUCGUUUGGAGGUGUCAGUGGCAUUUGCAAGAUCAUCUGAGGAACAGGAAAACAUCUGAAAUCUACUGAAAAGGAUAACUGUAGCCGUUUUCACAGUGGAAGGAAACUAUUGGCACAGAGGCAGAUGAUUGAAUAAAGUAGUUGGCUCACAGAAGAUGCACAGUCUGCUGUUUUUUCCUCUGAAUGAAGACUAUUUAAUGGAAGCCGUAUUCAUGUGGAGAUCAAAGGAAACACUGGAAUGAUAAAAUUCUAAAAAGAAAAGCCUGAAGCAGUAAUUUGAGCUCAGAUGCCUUCUAAUUCCUUCGCAGCCUGCCUGUGCUAUUAGGAUUCUCUGCUAACACUAUUUCUGCCUGCUGCCUGUGCCCUUUGCUGGAGCAGCCACAGACAACUGCCUGAUGGAGAAGGAAUGAACAUUUUGCCUUGCUUAUGCUAUCGAUGAGAAUAAGGCUAUCUGUGUUUCUUCCGUUACAUGGGGUAUCUGGAUUAAUCAAGCUGUAUUCUAGUACCAAGAGUCCCAUUGUCUCUUGUGGUCUGACUCAUCGCAUGUAAAUGGACCGCAGUUUUGCUAUUAAUGCAGAGUGUUUUUUUUUCUUUCCCUAACACAGAAAGAAUUGUCAACCUCUGAGCUUCAUUUUAAGAAUUUGUGCUGAACUCUAGAUGUAUUUUUUUGGGUGGGGGGGUGGGAAUAGUAUCUGCAUUAAAACAGUGAAGCUGAAGAAAUGAAGACAAAUUAGAAGUGAACAGUAACAGUGAGAUUUUAUUUUUAAUUUUCAAUUGUAAGCAAGCCAGCUCCUGUUAACUAUGUGACCUUGUAGGCAAGAGUGGGGAUAGCUGUAAUCUUCUCUGUCACAGCAGUUGUUUCUCAUUUGAUUCUGUAUUGUGUGGUGGCGUCCCCCAAAACAAUGAUCUUUUCAUAAAAGUAAAUUUCUGUGAGACAGAGCAAUAUGACUAUUUUGGUAGGGCUAAAAUAUUUUUAAAUGAGCUUGUUCUGGACUCAUUUAAAUUACUGACAUGUUGAUGAGAAAUUUAAGUACUGCAGUAACCCAACAGAAAAUAAAAUAGAAUUCUAUUGUUUUAGGAAGUUAUAAGUUAUAUAGUCAUAAUUUUGAACUUAGCUUUUCUGAUAGUACUUACUUGAAACAACCAGCUGUGCUGUUCAGAGGAUGGUUCUAAGUGUUGUACAGAAGAGGAGGAACUACUUAUGCUCUUCCGACUGUGACUUUUAUCACAUAGCUUGGAAUUUGGUAUUUUAAAAGAGCGAAUGAGUCGAGUGUGUAUUGUUGUUUUGGAGGAGGUAGAAGAUGAAUCUCCUGCAUUCAUUUCUAAAUUGCCACAGGAAAAUAAAUCUCUACAUUCUCUACCUUCUGGAAAUGUAUUGCCAUCACUGGUGCAAGCUAUAUUUAAUGGAGAUCCUGAUGAAGUUCGAGCACUAAUAUUUAAGAAAGAAGAUGUUAACUUUCAGGACAAUGAAAAGAGAACUCCACUGCAUGCUGCUGCCUAUCUUGGAGAUGCAGAAAUCAUUGAACUGCUUAUUUUAUCUGGAGCUAGAGUUAAUGCCAAAGACAGCAAAUGGUUGACACCUUUACACAGAGCAGUUGCAUCUUGUAGUGAGGAAGCAGUUCAGGUACUUUUGAAGCAUUCUGCAGAUGUUAAUGCUCGAGACAAAAACUGGCAAACCCCUUUACACAUAGCUGCUGCUAAUAAAGCUGUAAAGUGCGCUGAAGCUUUGGUGCCUCUUCUGAGUAAUGUAAACGUGUCCGAUCGAGCAGGGAGAACUGCAUUACAUCAUGCCGCUUUCAGUGGACAUGGUGAGAUGGUAAAGUUACUCUUGUCUAGAGGUGCCAAUAUUAAUGCUUUUGAUAAAAAAGAUAGACGUGCUAUCCACUGGGCAGCAUAUAUGGGUCACAUUGAAGUAGUGAAAUUACUUGUGGCACAUGGAGCUGAAGUGACAUGUAAAGAUAAGAAGUCUUACACACCUCUUCAUGCAGCAGCCUCCAGCGGGAUGAUCAGCAUAGUCAAGUACCUUCUAGAUCUUGGAGUUGAUAUGAAUGAACCAAAUGCCUAUGGAAAUACACCUCUUCAUGUAGCCUGCUAUAAUGGACAAGAUGUUGUAGUGAAUGAACUUAUAGACUGUGGUGCUAAUGUAAAUCAAAAGAAUGAAAAAGGAUUUACUCCUUUGCACUUUGCUGCUGCAUCAACACAUGGAGCAUUGUGUUUAGAGCUUCUAGUAGGCAAUGGGGCUGAUGUCAAUAUGAAGAGCAAAGAUGGGAAAACCCCACUACACAUGACUGCCCUCCACGGUAGAUUCUCCAGAUCACAAACCAUUAUCCAGAGUGGAGCUGUAAUUGACUGUGAGGAUAAAAAUGGAAACACUCCUUUGCACAUAGCAGCAAGGUACGGCCAUGAGCUGCUGAUCAACACUCUUAUUACAAGUGGUGCUGACACUGCAAAGCGUGGCAUACAUGGAAUGUUCCCUCUCCAUUUGGCAGCCUUAAGUGGUUUUUCAGAUUGCUGUAGGAAACUUCUUUCUUCUGGGUUUGAUGUAGAUACCCCAGAUGAUUUGGGCAGGACCUGUCUACAUGCAGCUGCGGCUGGAGGGAAUUUGGAGUGCCUAAAUCUUCUGCUGAAUACUGGUGCAGAUUUCAACAAAAAGGACAAAUUUGGGAGAUCUCCACUGCACUAUGCUGCUGCCAACUGCAAUUACCAGUGCCUGUUUGCUCUUGUGGGCUCAGGAGCGAGUGUGAACGACCUUGAUGAGCGAGGCUGCACCCCCCUGCACUACGCGGCCACAUCAGACACAGACGGCAAGUGCCUGGAAUACUUACUAAGAAAUGAUGCAAAUCCAGGGAUCCGGGACAAGCAAGGAUACAAUGCAGUUCAUUAUUCAGCUGCUUAUGGUCACCGUCUAUGUCUUCAACUGAUUGCAAGUGAAACUCCUUUAGAUGUUUUAAUGGAAACCUCAGGAACAGACAUGCUGAGUGAUUCAGACAACAGAGCAACAAUAAGCCCUUUACACUUGGCUGCCUAUCACGGUCAUCAUCAAGCACUGGAAGUGUUAGUACAGUCUUUGUUAGAUCUUGAUGUGAGAAAUAGCAGUGGACGAACACCCUUAGAUCUGGCAGCAUUUAAGGGCCAUGUUGAAUGUGUGGAUGUACUCAUUAAUCAGGGAGCUUCAAUCUUGGUAAAAGAUUAUAUUUUAAAGAGAACACCUAUACAUGCAGCAGCAACAAAUGGUCAUUCAGAGUGCUUACGACUGCUAAUAGGAAAUGCAGAACCACAGAAUGCAGUAGAUAUUCAAGAUGGAAAUGGACAGACUCCUCUGAUGCUGUCUGUCCUUAACGGGCACACAGACUGUGUCUACUCAUUGCUGAACAAAGGGGCUGACGUCGAUGCCAAAGACAAGUGGGGAAGGACAGCAUUGCAUAGAGGGGCAGUUACAGGCCAUGAAGAAUGUGUAGAUGCAUUACUUCAGCAUGGUGCUAAGUGCUUACUUCGGGACAGCAGGGGCUGCACUCCUAUACAUUUGGCAGCUGCCUGUGGACACAUUGGUGUUGUUGGAGCCCUUUUGCAGUCAGCAGCAUCUGUGGAUGCAAACCCAGCCAUAGCAGACAAUCAUGGGUAUACAGCACUUCACUGGGCCUGCUACAACGGUCACGAGACAUGUGUAGAACUUCUUUUAGAACAGGAAGUUUUCCAGAAAAUGGAAGGAAAUGCUUUUAGUCCAUUGCAUUGUGCUGUGAUAAAUGACAAUGAAGGUGCUGCCGAGAUGUUGAUUGAUACGUUAGGUGCCAGCAUCGUGAACUCCACAGAUUCAAAAGGAAGAACUCCUCUCCACGCAGCCGCUUUCACAGACCACGUAGAGUGCUUACAGCUGCUGCUCAGCCAUAAUGCUCAAGUCAAUUCUAUAGACUCUUCUGGAAAAACGCCCCUCAUGAUGGCUGCAGAAAAUGGACAAACAAACACAGUUGAGAUGCUGGUUAGCAGUGCUAGUGCGGAUCUGACGGUGCAGGACAACAGUAAAAACACCGCCCUCCACUUGGCUUGCAGCAAGGGUCAUGAAACUAGUGCCUUGUUAAUACUGGAAAAGAUAACAGAUCGAAACCUCAUCAAUGCAACCAAUGCAGCCUUGCAAACACCUCUGCAUGUUGCUGCCCGGAAUGGGCUAACAAUGGUGGUUCAGGAACUUUUGGGGAAAGGAGCAAGCGUGCUUGCAGUAGAUGAAAAUGGCUAUACCCCAGCUUUGGCCUGCGCUCCCAAUAAGGACGUAGCUGACUGCCUAGCUCUCAUUUUGGCCACCAUGAUGCCUGUGUCAUCAAGUAGCCCUUUGUCAUCCCUGACAUUCAAUGCCAUUAACCGCUAUACCAACACCUCAAAAACAGUCAGCUUCGAAGCCUUGCCCAUCAUGAGGAGUGAGCCUAGCUCCUACUGCAGUUUCAACAACAUUGGCGGGGACCAGGAGUACUUAUACACCGACGUGGAUGAACUCAACGACUCCGAUUCUGAGACCUACUAGAGGCUGAGCUGGAGGUGGAAGGAUGGAGUUCUGACCCUAAUGGUUCAAACUGUGCUUUUUCAGGAAAAAGGCACUUUCUUAUUCACAUAGAAAUUCAACCUAAGAGGAAAGAUUGAAGAGUGAGCGAAUUUAAGAAAUGUGAUGACAUUAGGAAGAAAAGUUUUAAAGGCAAGUUUUGCAAAAGGAACUUCUAGAGUCUUGAAAUAGACUUGACCAGAGAAAAACACUUUGAUAUCAAAUUGCUUCAUGGAAUUGUUCGAUUUGGUUUUGCAGUGCCAGGAAUAAUUUGGGACACUGCACCCUAAUCUGCUUACACAAGUAGCACCAUUGUAAGAGAAGAGAUAAGGACACUGCAUUGAAAUUUUAUCAGUAAAACUCCAACUAAAUUUACAGGCAAUAAAAGUUUGGUACAGUAGGCAUUAUGUGCACAGCAGAUUGCCAAAGGACCAAGUAACUUACAGGUUUCUUAAUAGAAUGACAUACUGUGGAAACUGGACGAGGUAAAAUGAUACAUUAUCUAAACCAAACUUUAAUAUUUCUGAAAACGAAGCUGAGAUUUGGUUAUAAGUGAUUUUUUUUAAGAAAACAUCGGAAAGCCUUCGAAUACUAUAUUAAACCAUGAGAGAAAGCAGGUGUAUUUUUACAUUUUUUUUCUUUUACAUAAAAAUUUUUAAAUUCCAACUUUUAUAUUAGAAUUGAAAACCAGGUGACUGGGUACAGUCAAGACAGAAAUACUUUUGGUGUAGACAUGAGAUAGAUAGUGGUUGGGCCGCUGUUGCCCAGUUCUGAAUGGUUUAGGUUUAAAAUUGAACUAUUUUUAUUUGAAAAUGUAAAGAAUUGCCUAGAAGAAAAUUUCAUGAAAUCAAAAAGUAGAUUAUUUUCAUGCUCUUGAGGCUAAGUGGUUCUGGGAAUUGAAUAUACAGCCUCACUACUGUGGAUGGUAUACCUUUAUCACUCACGUUACUUUUGUGCCUCCACAGUGGAUUGGGGGACUUUAGUUGCCAUUGUUUAGUGAAGAAUCAAAAAGAAAAAAAUCCCUUGUUACUGAUAAGUUAACAUCACCAGGUAUUGGAAGGCCUUCUUAUAUUGGGUUCUAAAUAGAUUUAAAGUAGUAUGUUUGUAAUAUACUACUGUUUGGGGAAAGAAGCAAUUGCCUGUCGAAACGGAAGACUGCCUUUCAGAUAGAAAG